AGAGACCAGACUAAUCAGCUGUACAAUGGAUUCUAAAAAGUUAGGACCACCUGCAAAGAAAGCCAGAAAUGACUUUGAUGAUGAGGAUCAAGCAGGUUUUGAGGAUGAGCUGGCUUUGUUUGAUGAAAUGGAAAGUGAACUGAAGGGAGAUGUUGACAUGGCAGAUGAAGUUGCAGGUGAUGGUCCAGACAAUGUGCCUACAAGUACAAAAUGGUCCAGGCCUCCUGCUCCUAUACUUAACCCCAAAAAAGACUCCAUGACUUUUCAGCAGAUGGAUGUAGAUUAUUAUAUUGGUAAACAUAUGGCAGGUAUGCCUGGAUCCACAAGUGGCCCUGUGCCUAUUAUUAGGAUGUAUGGUGUAACGAUGGAAGGCCACAGUGUUUUAGCUCACAUUCAUGGAUUUGCACCAUACUUCUUUGUGCCUGCUCAGCCAGGGUUUAAAAACGAGGACUGUGAUGCUUUCCGGACUUCAUUAGACACUGUUGUUAUGAAGGAUCUGAGGUCUAACAGAGAGGGUCUACAGAGUGCAGUGUUGGCUGUUGACAUGAUGAACAAAGAGAGCAUUUAUGGCUACCAUGGCAACAGAAAAGUGCCAUUCCUAAAGAUCACUGUGGCCCUGCCGCGUUUAAUUGCACCAGCCAAACGAUUAUUGGAGCAGGGAUUCACUUGUCCGGGAUAUUUACAGCAUGGAUUUCAGUCUUAUGAAAGCAACAUAGACUUUGAAGUUCGCUUCAUGGUAGACAGUGAUGUUGUCGGCUGUAAUUGGAUUGAAGUUCCUGCUGGAAAAUACCAGCUACGAAAUCGAAGAAACAUUUCAAAUGCUGACAGUCGUCAUCCUGCUCAUACUUCACGUUGCCAGGUGGAGCUAGAUGUAUCUUGGGAAGACUUCAUAUCUCACAGUCCAGAAGGAGAAUGGUCAAAGGUGGCACCCUUGAGGAUCCUCAGUUUUGACAUAGAAUGUGCUGGUAGGAAAGGAAUCUUCCCCGAGGCAGAUAAGGAUCCUGUUAUACAGAUUGCUAAUAUGGUGAUUAGGCAGGGAGAUCGUGAACCCUUCAUCAGGAAUGUGUUCACCCUCAACACCUGUGCCCCAGUCAUAGGCUCACAAGUCCUGUGUCAUAUGAAGGAGGCCGACCUGUUGGAGAAAUGGGCUGCAUUCGUACGAGAGGUAGAUCCAGAUAUUAUCACUGGGUAUAACAUUCAGAACUUCGACACCCCCUACCUCAUCAACAGGGCCAAUCAUCUCAAAGUGAAGGACUUUACGUUCCUGGGACGUAUUCGAGACAUUAAGUCAGUCAUAAAAGAAUCAACUUUUCAGAGUAAACAAAUGGGAAAGCGUGAAAACAAAGUGGUUAACAUGGAGGGCCGCACACAGUUGGAUCUCUUCCAGAUUGUUUUAAGGGACUACAAAUUGCGAUCAUAUUCUCUGAAUGCUGUCUCCUUCCACUUCCUACAAGAACAAAAGGAAGAUGUCCAACACUCUAUCAUCACAGACCUCCAAAAUGGUACAGAUCAGACAAGACGCCGUUUGGCAGUGUACUGUCUUAAGGAUGCCGUAUUACCUCUCCGUCUCCUGGACAAGCUCAUGUGUGUCAUCAACUACAUAGAAAUGGCUAGAGUGACAGGGGUACCCCUCCCUUACUUGUUGUCACGGGGACAGCAAAUCAAAGUCAUAUCACAGCUACUGAGAAAGGCCAAAGAGCAAGACCUAGUGCUACCAACACAGAAGAUAGAGGUUGGCGAUGAGUACGAAGGAGCAACUGUUAUUGAACCUGUCAAGGGAUACUACGACAUGCCAAUCGCCACAUUAGAUUUCUCCUCCCUGUAUCCAUCUAUUAUGAUGGCACACAACCUGUGUUACACAACGCUGCUCAGUCAACACACAAUUACUAAAGAAGAUCUGUCUCCAGAACAGUAUAUCAAGACUCCCUCAGGAAAUCUCUUUAUUAAAGCCAAGCACAGGAAAGGUCUUCUUCCAGAAAUCCUCGAACAUCUGCUAGGUGCCAGGAAAAAAGCUAAAGCUGACCUGAAAAAAGAGACAGAUCCUUUCAAGAAAAAAGUGUUAGAUGGUCGCCAGCUUGCUCUGAAAAUAAGUGCCAACUCAGUAUAUGGCUUUACUGGAGCUCAGGUUGGAAAACUGCCUUGUCUGGAAAUCUCCCAGAGCGUGACUGCAUUUGGGAGGAUGAUGAUUGAGCAGACCAAAAAUUAUGUGGAAGAGAAAUACACCAUUGCUAAUGGCUACAAACAUGAUGCAAAGGUUGUAUAUGGAGACACUGACUCUGUGAUGUGUAAGUUUGGUGUGGAUACUGUUGCCGAAGCUAUGACUCUUGGUCUAGAGGCAGCUAACUUCAUCUCAGGAAAAUUUGUUAGUCCGAUCAAACUAGAAUUUGAAAAGGUCUACUUUCCAUAUCUAUUAAUCAAUAAAAAGCGUUAUGCUGGUUUGUACUGGACCAACCCGGAAAAACAUGACAAAAUGGACUGUAAAGGGAUAGAGACUGUGAGGCGUGACAACAGUCCAAUAGUAGCCAACCUCAUCAACACCUGUCUGCAAAUGAUCCUAAUAGAAAGAGAUCCAAAUGGAGCUGUGGAAUAUGCAAAACAGACAAUAUCUGAUCUACUAUGUAACAGGAUAGAUAUAUCUCAGUUGGUCAUCACCAAGGAGCUCACAAAGACUGAUGAUGAAUACUCAGCAAAACAGGCCCAUGUAGAACUGGCCCACAGAAUAAAGAAAAGAGAUCCAGGAAGUGCCCCACAACUUGGAGACAGAGUCCCCUAUGUGAUUAUCGCAGCAGCUAAAAAGACGGCAGCUUACAUGAAAUCUGAGGACCCUAUAUUUGUCCUUGAAAACAACAUCCCCAUUGAUACCCAGUAUUACCUGGAGAACCAGCUGUCCAAACCUCUGUUAAGGAUAUUUGAACCAAUUCUUGGAGAGAAGAAAGCAGAAUCUGUCCUUUUACAUGGCGACCAUACCCGCACAAAAACCAAGGUAACAGCAAAAAUUGGUGGCCUAAUGGCAUUUGCUACGAAAAAGGAGAAAUGCAUUGGCUGUCGGACAGUUUUAGAUGACACAUCUGCUGUGUGUAAAUAUUGCAAGCCUAAAGAAUCUGGUAUCUACCAGAAGGAGGUGUCACACUUGAACAUGUUAGAGGAGAAAUUUUCUCGCCUUUGGACACAGUGUCAGCGAUGUCAGGGCAGUCUUCAUGAGGAUGUGUUGUGUACAAGUCGGGACUGCCCAAUAUUCUACAUGCGGAAAAAAGUACAAAAAGACUUGGCUGACCAAGAUAAACUUAUGAUGAGAUUUGGUGUUCCUUCGUGGUGAAAGUGGCUUCUAGAUUAUGGAGAAAAUGUCAGUGUCAUUCUCACCUUAGCAGUUAUGUGAUCGACCUCGUCAGCUGCAGAUUAUCAUGAGGCAGAAUUAUUUUCCUAUAUGACUUGCUAUUUUCAGCACCAAUGGUUAUGAAACUUUGUGGAAAUGGAAAAGUGAAAAGUUCAGUUUUAAAACUGAUCUUCAGAAUAAACAGAUAUCUGAGUAUUCUGAUAUUUUUGCAGUUUGGUAAAACGGUACAAAUUGUGAUACAAUUAUAUAUUCAGAAAUUAUCUCUAAAAAAAAAUCUGGACACAGAUUCUAAGUUAAAGAUAAAAAAUCUGGACACAGAUUCUAAAUUAAAGAUGAAAAAUCUGGACAUAGAUUCUAAAUUAAAGAUAAAAAAUCAGGACGUAGAUUCUAAAUUAAAGAUUUGUAUCCUUUCUGUGGUGGAACUGUGACAGACUGAAGGAGGUAGUUUUAACGGUUUCAUUCCAAUUUUCCAGUUUUUCAUUUUGAUUAGAUGUUGAGAUAAAAGUCCAGUUUUAUCCAAACUUCAUAUAUGAUUGGAGAUGUUUUAAAAAAAAAAGAAAACAAACUUCAGAAUUUUAAAUUUUGAUAGCUCAAUUUCUUAGAAAA